AUGGAUUUGCCUGAGAACUCGGGCAAGGUGGUGGGGCUUGUACAUAUCUCAGAGAUGCGCGAGGGCCGUGUAGGCGACCCUUCCGCGGAGGUGGAGGAGGGGCAGGAGCUGAAGGUCCGCGUCCUUUCAGUUGACCAGAACACUGGCAGGCGCUCAAAGGGAGGAUCUCGUUAUCAAUGA